AUGACAUCCAAACCAACAACAGAGGCACCAUCAUCUCAUAGCACAUCAUCAUCCUCACCAUCAUCCUCACCAGCCCCCCCUUCUUCAACAACCUCAUCAAUCCUCUUCCAGUCCAACGAUAAAACCCCCGUCACCCUCGUCGACAUCCCGCGCUCCCUCGAAGAAGCCCAAGUCCCGCCCGGCCACCGGCCCUCUGCGCGAAUCAUCUCCGGCCCUCCGCCGCGGACGCCAUACAUCACGCCGGAGCCGCGCCGGGGCAAUGAUGGAUCUGCUUCGACGCAGUCCGCGGGGGCGCAGAUUGCAGAGCUGAUGGCGGCGGCGGCGGCGAGGGGCGCGCUGGAGGAGCUGAGGAGGGCGUAUUCGGGGGUGUUUUGUUUGCCUCGGGUUUGUGCUGCUGAGACCGAGGCGGCGUCUUUGCUAAAUGUCAAGAUUCCUCCCGGGGCGAAAUACCUGCACGGAUCGAUACAAGACCUGCGUCAAACAUUCAUUGACACGGCGCCGCAGUUCAAGCUCAUUGUCCUUGAUCCCCCAUGGCCUAAUCGAUCUGUCCGAAGGAACCAGAAAGCAGGCUCCAGAUACAAGACCGUUGCGAACAUGACUGAGAUGCGGCAUCUCCUGUCCAGCAUACCGGUGGCGUCUCAUCUUGCCCCUGACGGCCUGGUAGCAGUCUGGAUCACCAACAAAGCCAGCAUCUACGACCUCAUGACGUCUCCUGCCCGAGGAAUAUUCGCCGCUUGGGGCCUAGAGCUCGUCACGCAGUGGACGUGGCUCAAGGUCACAGCCUCCGGGGAGCCGAUUUUCGAUGUUGAUUCUGCGUGGAGGAAGCCCUGGGAGACGCUCCUGAUAGCGAGGCGUGUGGGGGCAAAGGUGGCUGCUGGUGUUGGAUUGAAGUUGAAGCCGCGGGUCAUUGUGGCGGUUCCGGAUGUUCAUUCGCGGAAGCCGAAUCUCAGGGGAUUGUUUGACGAUGUUUUGGGAGGAGAAGGGCAGGAGUAUCAGGGCUUGGAGGUGUUUGCGAGGAAUCUUACGGCUGGGUGGUGGAGUUGGGGGGAUCAGGUGUUGCAUUUCCAGGGGGCGGAGCAUUGGGGAUGA